CAAAGGCUCGAUCGACCUCGACCUGCUCCCAUUCCAUCCAUCCAUGUCGUCUUCUCCCUCUCCCUCUCACUCCCAAUGCUAAUGUCUCGCCGCCACCACCUCGUCACCAACGCAGCACCUCUCCUCCUCGCAGUCCUCCUCCUCGCCCUCGCCGUCGUCGUUCCGCCGUGCUCGGCGGCGCCGUCGGCGCGCCAGCUCUCCACGGUCGCCAUCUCCCACACCAACGACUCCACCCUCGUCUGCGCCCUCAUCAUCGACAAGACCGACGAGGAUGGCGUCUAUGCGACCGGCGGCAACUCCAAGCUCCGCUGCGCCUCCUUCCCCGACGGCCAGGUCAGGACCUACCCUUCCGCCGACAUCCCCUUCAACGCCAUCGCCGCCGGCAAAGACUUUCUUUGCGGCCUCAUGGCCCCGGCCGGCGGCCACGCCGCCAUGCGCUGGUGGUCCUUCACCGAGGAGGCCGCCGCCAACCGCUCCCGCCCGGUAGGCCGACGCCUCUACUGGGGCCCCUCGCUCCGCUCCAUGUCCGCCGGCGGCGGCCACGUCUGCGGCCUCUCCGACGACCACGAGCCCAACUGCUGGGAGUGGCCCAGCCUCUCCCUGCCCAAGGGCCUCGACUUCUCCAUCAUCGCCCUCGGCCAGAACUUCCUCUGCGGCGUCGACAAGACCAACGGCACCGCCAUGCGCUGCUACGGCGGCGGCAUGCAGUCGCCGCCCGCCUUCGCGUACGGGGACGCCGCCUACAAGGCCGUCGCCGCCGGCAGCCGGCACGCGUGCGCGGUGGACGCCAUGGGCGGGCUCGUGUGCUGGGGCGACGGCAACCCGGACGUCCUCCCGAGGGAGCUGCCGGCCGACAUGACGGCCAUGGCGCUCGGCCACAACACCACGUGCAUCCUCGCCGGGAACGGCACCGUCAGGUGCUGGGGCGUCAAGGUGCCCAAGGAGUACACUCGCACCAGCUUCGCGUCCAUCGAGGCCGACGGCGACACCGUGUGCGCCGUCAUGACCAGCAACUACUCCGUCGUGUGCUGGGCCAAGGACGGCCGCUUCGACGGGAAUCAUCUCGUCUUCAACAGCACCCUGCCGGGGGCAUGCACCAACAAGACCAGCUGCCAAUGCGACGUUGUCUCCGGCUCAGGGGCGCUCUGCGGCACCGGCGGCGGGGUUAGCGGCGUAGAGCUCGCCGUGUGCCAGCCUUGCAAGAUACCACUGAACGCGUCGAGGAUCGUCGUCGCCAAUGGGAGGACGCCGACGCCAGGCAACAACGGGAAAAACAAGAAUGCGCUGGUGGUGGGGCUCAGCGCGGCCGGCGCCGGCGUCGCGGUUCUCGCGGCGGUGGGGCUGACGUUCUACCUCGUCGUGUUCAGGAAGUUGGACAAGAAGGCGCACGUCACCGUCCGGCUCGGGGAGUCGUCAUCGAGGGGCCUGUGCCGCGACGGGGAGAGCAUGGUCAUGCCGGCGCCGGAGCGGUCAGCGCUGCAGCCGGCGCGGCCACUCGGGUGCGAGGAGUUCACGCUCAAGGACCUGUCGCGGCUAACCAACGGGUUCGCGGAGGAGUCCAAGAUCGGGAGCGGCAGCUUCGGGUGCGUGUACCGCGCGAAGCUCGCCGACGGGCGGGAGAUCGCCAUCAAGCGCGCCGAGCGCGCGUCCACCGGCGCGCGGAGGCGGCGGCGGUUCGAUGCGGAGCACGCAUUCCGUUCAGAGCUGCGGCUGCUGUGCCGCGUCAACCACCGCAACCUGGUGUCGCUCCUGGGAUUCUGCGAGGAGCGCGGCGAGCGCAUCCUCGUGUUCGAGUUCAUGCCGCACGGCGCGCUCCACGACCACCUCCACGGCGACGCCACCGACCGGAGCACUUCCCCGCUAUUCUUGUCGUGGGAGGCGCGGCUGCGCGUGGCGCUGGACGCCGCCCGGGGCGUGGAGUACCUGCAUUGCUACGCCGUGCCGCUGAUCAUCCACCGGGACAUCAAACCUUCCAACAUCCUGCUCGACGCCGACUGGACGGCCAAAGUCUCCGACUUCGGCCUCUCCCUCGCCAGCGGCUCCGCGUUGGCGCCGAACUCGAAGACGUCGGGGACGGCGGGGACGGUGGGGUACAUGGACCCGGAGUACUACCGUCUCCAGGAGCUGACCGAGCGGAGCGACGUGUACAGCUUCGGCGUGGUGCUCCUGGAGCUCGUCACCGGCAGGAAGGCGAUCCACCGGGACAACAGCGAGGAAGGGAGCGGGUCGCCGAGGAAUGUCAUCGAGUUCGCCGUGCCGGCCGUGGAGGCCGGCGACAUCUCGUCCAUCCUCGACGGCCGGGUGCCCGCACCGCGCGGACACGAGGUGGAGGCGGUGGCGCGCGUGGCCAAGAUCGGCGCCGAGUGCGUCCGGCGCGGGCGCGGGCGGCCGGUCAUGUCGGAGGUGGUGGCCGAACUGGAGUGGGCCGUGACGCUGUGCGAAGAGUUCGUCGGCCGGACGACGAGCGGCGCGCGGAACAGCAGCUCCCGGAACGGCGGCUCCGACAUGUCUCGGUCUCGGUCGAGGUCGGAGUCCGAGGACCGGAGUCCGUACCACACCCGUGAGUUCAGCUUCGACUCGGGCCGGGUCGCCGGAGUCGGGCAUGGCAGGUCCUACUCAACCAUGUAAAGAUUUGAUUCCUUUUCUUCUUCUUCUUCUUCUUCUUCUUUCACAGUGUUUCUGUAGGAUGAACCCAUAGUAGUUAGUUCUUGUCCAUAAAAAUUUUACAGGAAAAAAACAGAGAGAGAAACAAAUUCUCAUUUUCCACGAGAUGAAUCAAUGGAUUUGCUGUAAAUUGUUGCGGUUAAUUUAACGUUGUGAUCUGUGAAGAAAAACAAAUAAGAAAUCACAGAGUUUGGGAAA